GAGAAAAAAAUACACGAACUGGAAGGUGAACUGAUGCCGGCGUCCAUGGAUUCUCUAUCUCCAAAGAGGCUCCGCUCUGAUCCUGAAGCCGAAUCUGCAAAAGAAAAAAAUACACGAACUGGAAGGUGAACUGAUGCCGGCGUCCAUGGAUUCUCUAUCUCCAAAGAGGCUCCGCUCUGAUCCUGAAGCCGAAUCUGCAAAAGAGAAAAAAAUACACGAACUGGAAGGUGAACUGAUGCCGGCGUCCAUGGAUUCUCCAUCUCCAAAAUCUCCAAAGAGGCUCCGCUCUGAUCCUGAAGCCGAAUCUGCAGACAAGGAUCGGAUCAGCUGUUUGCCCGAAGAUAUUAUAGGCUCUAUAUUAUCUCUUCUGCCAUCUAGAGAUGCACAAGCGACUUGUCUUCUUUCCAGAAGAUGGAGGCAUUUGUCUACUUGUCGGGUUACCGACCUUGAUUUCGACCGGUCUGACUUAUUCACCAAGAUGAAAGAUAAUUGCAAGUUUGCAGAAGAGGAGAAGGCAAGAUAUGUGGAAUGGGUGGACAAUAUCUUGCAGUGUCUAAGUGGAGGAUACCAUUUGCGUAGAUUCAUGUUAUGCUUUGAUCUGAAUAUCUCAUAUAAGUCUCAUAUCGAUCGAUGGAUUAGGUUUGCAUUGACAAAAUGAGUUAAAUUUCUCCGACUAGAUUUUAGGCCAGCCUCUUCUGAGGAUUUGUGGUCUACUUGUCACGUGCCAUAUCUGUUUGGGCAUGAGACACUUAUAGGUGCUGAUGCAGGGUGUUCCCAACGGGCUUCAGGUCUUAGUAAUUUUGGCUUGAACCCUUCUAGUUCUUGGCAUGUUGGCUUAAGGUAUCUCGAAAAGCUCACCUUGUGUCGAGUCACUGUGGAGGGAGAACUCAUUGAACAACUGCUUGUCAAUUGUCCGAUUCUAGAGCGAUUGACCUUAGUAUAUGCUCUUACUUUGAAAAGGCUUAGAGUAUCUGGUCAAUCACUGAAGCUGAAAUACUUAUCCAUUGGAUGGUGUGAUAAUCUUGAUCGUGUUGAGAUUUAUGAUACAGAUCUUGUGUCCUUCACUUUUGAGGGAAUGAGAACUCGAUUGCGUUUGUACAAGCUUCCCCAGCUAUCUAAGGUGUCUAUUACAGGAUAUAUAUGGGAGCUUGUGGGUGUUAUGCGGUCUCAGCUUUCAAGUCUUCCUUGUCUGCAUAUUCUCAAUCUGAAAUUUUAUUAUUCACUUAAUGAAAAUCGGCCUAUUCGUCAACUACCUAAAUUGACAAGUGUCAAGCAAUUGAAACUGACUGUUGACGGAUCUACAAAUGCAAGUCUAUUUACGUUGGCUGUCAUGAUCAAGGCAUGUCCGUACUUGCAGAGUUUUGGGUUAGAGUUGAUGGACCCAUGGUGGAGGCCACACAGGCCGAGAAGAGAGCUGAAAAGAGUUGUUAGACCUCUCCCUCUCCAUCGAUACCUUAAAAAAGUUGAAUUCUACAAGUAUUAUGGUAGACAUUCUCAUCUCGAACUAGUGACUUGCCUUAUUGCGAGUGCCGUUGCCCUUGAGAAGUUAGUGGUGAAUACCUGUGACAAAGAGUAUGUUUCGGGGGAAUGGAAAAAGUUGGAGGAACCUAGAGAACGGGCUUUGCAACAACUCAAGGGAAAGGUACCUUUAAAGAUUGCUCUGGUGAUUAAUUAACGGAGCCAAAGGUAUCCGUACAAGUGAUAUGGAUGGUGUUUUGCAACCUAUUCCUCUUCCCCUUUUCAAGGUUUUCUUUUUCUUUUUAUUGUGAAUAUAAGUUUGUUUAUUAAUAAUUUAUUAUUUUCUGAUUUUAUUUUA